AUGCUGGAUCCUUACUACCCCGCAUUCGUGCCUCCCGAGUACACUAUAAAGGAGAUUUACGACAACAUCCCGCCUCACUGCCUUCAGCCCAACACACUCCUCUCAUUAUAUUAUAUCCUCAGGGAUUUUUUCUUCGUCCUCAUUUUGGUGAGUAUUGCAACGCAGAUCCCCAGCAUUCCGUACCCCUACCUCCGAGGUUUCGCCUGGGCUUCAUAUGCAUUUGUUCAAGGUCUCGUGUUCACUGGGCUCUGGGAGCUCGCUCAUGAAUGUGGACAUGGAGCCCUUUCUAAAUCCAAGGCAUUCAACAACAUUUCUGGACUCAUCAUGCAUUCGCUACUUCUGGUCCCAUUCCAUUCGUGGCGCAUCACCCAUUCCACGCACCAUAAGACUACAAAUAACCUAGACAAAGAUAUUGCCUUCGUCCCUGACAUCAAAGAAGCGUACCAAGCGGCAAGAGAGUCCCAUAGCGAGGCGUGGGAUUAUAUUGAAGAUAUGCCUGUUGUUACCCUCGUCCAUCUGUUCUUUCAUCAGAUUAUUGCUUGGCCACUCUAUCUUACCAUCAACAAUUUUGCUUUGGAGAGAAUGGCUAAGGCGCCAUGGUGGAAGAGGAGCCAUUUCUAUCUUGGAGGCGACGGUCCAAAUUUCAAGCCUGAAAACACCCAGGAUAUACUAACCUCAGACAUUGGCAUUGGAGCUGUUAUGUUUGCCCUGUGGGGGCUUGUGCAAUACUUUGGAGCUUGGAAUAUGAUGUUAUUUUAUGGAUUUCCUUGGAUGUGGACGAAUCACUGGAUUCUUACUAUAACAUAUCUCCAGCAUACCGACGUAUCAAUUCCAUAUUACCCUAAUCAGACCUGGACCUUUCUGAGAGGAGCAGCGUCUGCGGUUGACCGAGAUUUUGGCUUUAUUGGCCGAGUCAUCUUCCAUGGUGCAAUCGAGACUCAUGUCAUGCAUCAUCACGUCUCUCGCAUCCCGUUCUAUCACGCUAUCGAAGCUACAGCAGCUGUGAAGAAAGUAAUGGGUAUUCAUUACCAGAGCGACUUCAAGACACCGUACAUGUGGGCUUUCUGGAAGAACCACCGUAUAUGUAAGUAUGUGGAGGAGACAGAGAAGAAUAGUCAGAUAUAUUUCUUUGCGAAAACAGAGUAAUGAGCGUCGCCAUCUCGAGGCACUUUUUUGUUUGUACAUACGAAUAGACGGGACGGAAAAAACGAUAGACGGGAUAGAUUGGACACGGAAGCGGUGAUGAGUCUCUUGGGGGGACUUAGUGCUCGGCCUUCAUCAAAUUUGUACUCAUAGCUCAAAGCCACAAACUCAUCAAAGUUUUCCGCACUUCAAACUCUGGUAUCCAAACAGAUCAUCUUUAGAGCGGGUAC